GACGCCCUCGGGAUGGAGCUGACGGACAGCUACGACGAGCGCUCCUCCUUGUUCGGGCUGAAGACGCUCUUCCAGUUCGUCGGGUACGCGGCAACCCCCCUCCUCAACAUCGGCCUGUCUGCCCUCCUUGCCGACGACCUCGUCGCGCUCUACUCGAUGCUCGCCCUCGCCGUCGGCUCCCUCGCCGUGCUGGCGUGGGCCUCGCUCCUCUGCAACGUGGUCGAGAGGCCUCCUCCGCCCGAGGACCACACCAUCCUCCCCGUGCCGAUCGUGCCGUCGGCGCGGCGCGUGCUCGCCAACAAGCCGUACCUGGUCUACUUGCUGAUGAAGAUGCCGCUCUCGCUGGUGUCGCUGAUGCCGUCGAACCUGGCCGCGCUCUGGGUGAAGCACAACAUGGCGCUCGAGGCGUGGAACUCGAUGUACAACGCGGUGCUCAUGUUUGCCCUCGUCGGCGCGAUGGCGUCGAUCGGCGUGCUCGUCCGCUCCGCACAACAGUACGGCAAGGCGGCGGUGCUGCAGGCGGUGCUGCUGGUCUCCGGCCUGCUGUACCUCGCCGUCUCCUUCGUCCCCGGCGCCUUCUUUGCGCAGCACCCCGUGCUGCUCGUGCCGGUCGGAGCGCUGAUCGGCGUCGGGCAGGCGCUCGGCUUCGUGCUCCCGGACGCCAUGCUGGCUGACAUCAUCGACUACGCGGAGCUGCACUCGGGAUCGCGCGACGAGGGCAUGUACACGGUCAUCGAGACAAACCUGCAGCAGUUCGUCGAGAUUGCGGGCGGCGUCUUCCCGAUGGUGCUCCUCGCCGGCGCGGGGUACGAGCCGCUAGGGGGCUGCUCCUGCGGCUGCGGUGUCUCGUGCGGCCGCGCCAUCGGAAUGCCGUACGCGCGCUGGCACUGUCCCGGCGACGUCGGCUACUCGUGCACGGGCAAGGGCGGCUCCGAGCUGCUGUUUGCGCCCGAGGAGCCCGCGGUGGCGCCGUGCGCGGCGCAGAGCGAGCACGUCCAGUCUCUCAUCUCCCUCUUCUUCCUCGCCAUCCCGGGCCUGCUCGCCCUCAUCGCCGCCAUCCCCGCCGGCAAGAUGCCCAUCACCGCGCGCGUACAUGCGGCCAUCCUCGCCGCCAUUGCGGCGCGCAACAGCGGCGGCGACGCGGGCGAGGGUGGCGACGCGGGUGGAGAGAGGGAGGUGAUCGACCCCGUGUACGGCGAGCCGGUGCAGCGGCCGCCAAACACGGCGGCCUCGCUGCUGCACGAGCACUUCUCGCCGUCCGAGUGGCAGUCUUUCCCCACCCUCGGCUCGCUGCGCGCGUUCCUCGUCUCUCGGCUGCUGCUCUGGGUCGCGCUGGCGGCGGCGCUGGUGGCGGGGAUGGCGUACUCGGGCGUCGAGGCGGCCGUCACCUUCGGCUGCCUCCUCCUCUCCGCCCUCUUCAUCCUCAUCCCGUGGGACGGCGUCCGCCUCUACGCGCUGUCCGGUCCGGCCGCGUCCAGCCUGGUCCCCGCCCGCACCGCACCGCCCUGAGGCGGGCGCGGCCCAGGGCAGGGGUACGGCCGGCAGAGAGGCUUUCGGCUUGCACGGAGCGCAGCUGCUUGUCGGGCUCGCGCCUCGAGUGAGCCGUGCCGAUUGCAGGCCCGCCAGCGCAGCAGGCGAGACUUGCGCUAGGACUUGCGGCAGACCUCGUGAAGCUUGGGUGGCAGUACAUGGGGAAACUCAGAGGAAUGCCAGUCCCAGAGGAGUUAUAUAGUAUCCGUGACAUGCCAUCGACUGUUCGUUUGUUGUUUCCUAGACGUGUUCCUCUAUUC